AUGGCCGGAACCACUCUUCACCUCCGCUCCGAAUUGGGCAAGGCUCUUGAGCACCGAUCCGCCCUCACACCAGCUACUGCUAAAGCACUGAUCGAUGCUGGGUACACUGUGAGAGUCGAGCGUAGUCCGGAGCGCAUAUUCGAAGAUGAGGAGUUCGAGAAGGUUGGAGCUACUUUGGUGCCAGAGGAUACUUGGCGCGAGGCCCCUACAGAUCACAUCAUUAUUGGGUUGAAGGAGCUUCCCGUGGAUGAUUUUCCCCUCAAGCAUGUUCAUGUCCAAUUCGCCCAUUGCUACAAGCAACAAGGUGGCUGGGACAAAGUUCUGUCUCGAUUCCCCCGCGGCGGCGGUACCCUCCUCGAUCUCGAGUUCCUCACCGACGACAAGGGCCGUAGAGUAGCAGCCUUCGGAUACCACGCUGGCUUUGCUGGCGCAGCGCUUGCCCUCGAGACCUGGGCCUGGCAACUCACUCACCCCGCUUCCGAGCCCUUCCCAAGCGUCCAAAGCUACCCCAACGAAGAUGCCCUGAUUGCUGACGUCAAGAAGGCAAUUGCUGCCGGAAAGGAGAAAAGUGGCAAGGACCCUCGUGUUCUGGUCAUUGGUGCCCUCGGAAGAUGCGGUAGCGGUGCUGUAGAUCUCUGCCUGAGAGCAGGCGUCCCUACCGAGAACGUGUUGAAGUGGGAUAUGGCAGAGACGGCUAGGGGUGGACCAUUCCCUGAGAUUGUGGAGAGUGACAUCUUCGUCAACUGCAUAUACCUCAUGUCCAAGAUCCCCAACUUUGUCGACUCGGAGAGUCUUGAUACCCCCAACCGCAAGCUGUCUGUCAUCUGCGACGUCAGCGCCGACACCACCAACCCAAACAACCCCAUCCCCAUCUACACUGUUGCUACCACUUUUACCGAGCCAACGGUGCCGGUCGAGGUCAAGGGAGAGCCAAAGUUGUCGGUCAUCAGCAUCGAUCACUUGCCCAGUCUGCUUCCUCGCGAGGCAAGCGACGCUUUCAGCAAGGACUUGUUGCCCAGUCUGCUGGAGCUGAAGGAGUGGAAAACUCAUCCUGUAUGGUCCAAGGCCGAGAAGCUCUUCCAAGAAAAGGUGGCUACUUUGCCGAAGGAUCUCUUAUAA